AUACUAGGCCAACUUACAGACGCACGCACAUCCACUUGUAUCGAGCAGCUUGCGCUGCAGAAAAAUCAGCCUUGAUUGUUUCGACCACAGAGAAGUAGGCUUUGCUGCCCCCUCCAUCCGAACUUUAACAGCUUUAUCGAAACAUUGUUGCAAUCUUAUUUACUAGGGCUGCGGCAAGCGUUCAGCGGCAGUGCCGACUACCAGCCCCGCUGUAGGAUGUGCUUGGACCUCUCUGCAACUAUAUCAGUUAAUCCCGUCUUGUAGCCAGCGGCAUCAUAGAAAUCGCACAGGUAGUAUGGAGGCUCCUAUACGUGCGCGCUUGCGCACGCGGCUUCAAGCGCCAGCGCACCAACGAGCGUCCCGGCCCCGCUUGGUCGUGCAGCCGACGCCCUUGUUGAAUCCGCUCAUAUGCACAAAACCUGGCCAUGGGCGACCUGCAGCUGGUCCUGCGACCGGUCAAUCGUCAGGUGACCUGGGUGAUGGCAGCAUCUUGUUCCGGUUUACGGACAGCGCUGCAGCGCCCAAGCUGGGCAGCACAAAUAGCGGCGGUGCACAAAACGCUGCGUGGUCUCCACUGCCGGCGAGCGGGAGCUCCAGAGACUCCUCUGGUCCAGUCGCGAGCAGCGCUGGUGCGGUCGAGGCGCCGACCCGCUCUAGCUCCACUGGCGGGGCCAGCACCAGCGGCAGCGGCAGCUCUGAUGGCGCCAGCCCGGCACCGGGUGCCGACGGCAGCUACAGCGAUUUCUAUCGCAAGUCAAAUGUGCGCCAUGAAGCCGCCGGCGCUGUGAACGGCUGGGCUGCUGGCAGCGCUUCCAACCCCAGCCCCAGCCGCACAAACGCCGACGCUGCCACGCAGACGCCCUCCUCCUCUUCCUCCUCCUCCUCCUCCUCCUCCUCGUCGUCCUCCACCAGCACGAGCACCAGCAGUCCUUUGUCAGCCGCGGCCGCGGCCGCUGACGCUUCCGCCGCGGCCGCAUCCGGCUCCGGCGGCGAGCCAGCGCCGGAGGUAUCGGCAGCGCUGGCGCGCGCACAGGCAGCGCUGCAGCGCGCCGAGACCUCGCUGGACGACAUUGAGCGGCUCAACUCCUCACUGGACGCCGCCACUCUGGCCUCACUGGAGCGCAGCGUGCGGCCGCCCAGCCGCUGGGAGAAGCUGCUGGCGCUGGCGCGCGGCGCGGCCGUGCUGUGCUCGCUGGGCGUCGCCAUGCUGGCGUCGCACGCGUUCGGCCUGGCUACGCAGUGGGCGGGCGCGGCAGCGGGCGCCGCCCUCAUCGCGGGCUGGGGGCUGCGCAAGGGCAGCCUGGCGCCCAGCGGCGCGGCGGCGGCGUUCGUGGUGGGGUGCGGCACGCUAGGCAGCAGCCUGCGGCUUGGCGCUACACUGGUGGCGUUCUUCCUGUCCAGCAGCAAGCUGACGGCGUACAAGGAAGAGCUGAAGGAGGGGCUGGAGGAGAACGCCAAGAAGGGCGGGCAGCGCAGCUGGGUGCAGGUGCUGUGCAAUGGCCUAGUGCCCACCAUCCUGGCCGUGAUCUACGGCAUCCUGGCCGGCUGCGUGGACCUGCCGCUGGGCCCGCCCCUCGCCGCGGCCGCAGCAGCCGCGCCCACGGCGGCAGCCGCAGCAGCUGAGGCGGCUGCCUCCACCGUCGCUUCCGCCGCCGCCGCGGCCACCGGCCCAGCGCUGGAGGCCUGGCGCGCUGCUGCCCUGACCGGCCUGAUGGGCGGCUUUCUGGGCUACUACGCCUGCUGCUGCGGCGACACGUGGGCCUCCGAGCUGGGGCCGCUGUCCGCCGACACGCCGCGCCUCAUCACCACGCUGCGGCCGGUGCGGCGCGGCACCAAUGGCGGCGUGACGCUGCUGGGCCUGAGCGCCAGUAUCAUGGGCGGCAUGUUCAUCGGCCUGGUGUUUUACCUGGCGGGCCUGGUGUCGCCCACGCUGUGGAUCUUCGAGUCGCAGCGCGCGCUGGCGGCCGGCCAGUGGCGCCUCAUCCCGCUGGGCCUGGUGGCGGGGCUGGCGGGCAGUGUGUUGGACUCGGUGCUGGGCGCCACGCUGCAGUACAGCGGCUACGACACAGCCAGCCAGCGCAUUGUGGCCCGUCCCGGACCCAACGUGGUGCGCAUCGCCGGCCCCGAGCGCGGUGGGCUGCUGGACAACAACGCCGUCAACCUGGUCAGCGCCAGCCUCACGUCGGCGCUCACCGCCGCCGUGGCGCUCAAGCUGUUUGGUUUUUGAGGGGAGGGGAGGGGUGGGAGGAGUGGGACGAGGGAUGGGAUGAGGGGUGGGGCUAGGCGGGGAGUGGGAGCGGGGCGCUGGUGGGCUUAGUGGUUGGGGUCGCAGGGGAGACAACGCGCUGGGCUCAUGGGAGGUUUUGGUCAAGCCGCGGCUAUGGGGUAACGAGGGGGUAAAGCGCUUCGGGCAGCAGCCCACCGCGCCCAGAGGUCAAUCCAGGAGGCGCAGGCUGUGAGGCAGAGGAGCCGGGUGUGGGAAAGUAACAGUUACUGCGAGGUUGGCAGCGGGGGCAGGACCGCACCUGCGUUUCUCAUGGCCGGGUGGGGCAGCUUGGCAGACGGCUUGGUCGCCGCGCCUGUGUCUUGCAUGCGUGUAGACGCCACAGGCCUCAAUGCCCUGCAGUCAGUAUGGCACGUACGUUGGCAUGGGGCUGCAGCGGUUGCGCCGCUUGGGUUCAACGCCCCCGUGGCGCCGUCGUGACUCCUAGUGUGGCUCGCUCGACGCAGAUUGCAUGUUCGGCUGGAGACCUUCGGAGGUGAUCUGCGAGAGUUGUGAGAGUGCUAAUGGAGUUGUCGUAUCCAGGGGUUGCAUACGGUACGGCUUGAUCGUGGUGGAGUGUGGUCCGGGCGUGAGGCCCUACAGGGGUUCUUGGGCCAUGCUUGUCUGGAGCGGUUUGCCGUGCGUCCAAGUUGGGGGCGUGGCGGCUCUAUGGCUGGGCGGCCUCAGACGUGGGUUAGGCAAGUGGUGGAAGUCCAUGUGCGCAAAUGUGUGUCCAACCGUUGUUCGCCAAGAGUUCACUGCAAUGUAUUUGUGUUUGAGGGCGAUGUUCGUUGCUGCCAAGUUGAUGGGGAAAUUCCCCUUUGGCCGUGUUCUUCCGGCCCGUUCUCUCUGUUGAUUUUUGCACGCAGUGCAUAAGAAACAAAAUUCUUUGAAUCCUGAUGUUGGCCCGGGCCAUACACCGCGAUAGAGGGGCCUCAGGCGGAGUGCGCAAUCGAGGCUGGCACACGUUGGCGUUGGCACACGGGGGCUCGCUCGUGUGGUUCAAUCCCUCGCUGGGAAAGGCCAGAGUGCUGCCGUGGGCCAUCGACUAGCGGGUCCAUCAUGGUGCCUGGGCCGCGCCUGUUGGCUCUGUGAUCCAGGCUCCCUCUGAGGCGCAGGCGCAAUACGCGGCAUGACUUUGCCUCUUGCCGGCGUGUGCUGUGCAGAAGCGUACGGCCUGCAUGUAACUACACGUGUGA